UUUUUCAGAUUCGGAAGAAAUAUCCGAUAAGAAAAAUACCGGUACCGAAAUAGUUUUGUCAUUCACAACUUUGUCUAACUUAUAAAUAUUUUCUUUUUUACUUGACAAAAUCAAAACAAAGAUAAUCUCAAACGUAUUUUGAAAAAGACUUUUUGAGAAUUUUAAAGUAUAAAAAUAUCUGAGUUAAUUAAAGUAACUUGUGUAUUAGAACUGAAUUAAUUCCAUUGGAAUUGUCCCAUGUGUUUCUUGCACUACACUAUACUAAACUUGUUCCAGAAUGGCUUCAAAUGAUGAAGAAAUUAUAAAAAAUCAAAGGCGCCAACAAGUAUUGACUGGAGAACUUCCAGAUAAUUUUCUUAAAAUUGAAAGUGGUCAGGUUUUUCCAGCAAGUGGGCAAUCUUUGUAUUAUCCUGCUUCGUUUGGAAGGUAUCAAGAAGUUGGGGUUCUUAGCAUGACUGUUGUACAGGCACGUCUUGUUAAAAACUAUGGUUACUUGACAAGAAUGGAUCCAUACUGUCGAGUGAGAAUUGGGUUGCAAACUUUUGAAACUCCAACGGCAUACAAUGGGGCUAAAAGCCCUCGUUGGAAUAAACUUAUUCAAUGCAACUUGCCCGAGAAUGUUAGAGAAGUAUAUUUGGAAAUGUUUGAUGAGUGUACAUUUUCAGUCGAUGAGCGAAUAGCAUGGUGCUUGAUUAAGAUUCCUGAUAGUGUGAUAAUGGGAGAAGUUCUAAACGAAUGGUUUUCUUUAAACGGAAAGCAAGGUGAAGAGAAAGAAGGAAUGAUCGAAAUUGUUUUUCAGUAUAAAAAGCUUCCUGCUGGACCUAUGUUAGUUCCUUCGAUGGUAGGUCCGAUGGUUAUUAAUCCCAUGGUUCAGCCCCUUAUAUAUCCAAAUGCAUACGGUCCGCAAGUAAUAAUGCAACAGCCAAUACAACCGGUUCAGCCUAAUUUUCAACAAAGUUCUCCUGGUCCCCAACAGAUUUUUGAAAGUAAUCCUGCCGAUUUAAGAACUUUAAAAGAAAUGUGUCCUGAUAUGGACGUUGAUAUAAUCAAAACAGUUUUACAGCAGUGUGGUGGAAAUAUAGACAAAGCAGCAGCUCAGUUGCUUGAAAUGAAUGCUACAUAAUCUUACUUAAUGUUAUUCUGCAUAAUCUUUAUGGAUUUCUGAAAUUUUAGUAACUUAUUUUUUAAUGCGAAUUUUUUCUUUUUUUGUAAAUGUAUUUGUGAAAUAGUUUGUUUUAGUAGUAGUGUUUAGUAGUAGUGUUUACAGCUGCAAUGAAAUAUCAAAACAGUUUAAGUUAUAUUUUGUUAAUGUUUAGUAUUAUAAAUUCAAGAUUCUUUAAUUAUAAAUAAGAUUUUAUGUU